UGGAAACUAAACAGAAGACAGAAGGUCCUCCAAGCAGCCACAUUGAACUCUGCCCCAAUCAAUCUGUGCCGUUAAUGAGCAGUCUUCCAUGCAUACCACGUCUGCAAAGACACCCCCACACAUACAGGAUUUACAGAUAUGUCUCAGAAGCUUAUGAAGAGUAUAGAGCGAGAUGCUGUUCACACUUUCACCAAAUACAUUUCUCCAGAUGCUGCUAAACGUUUCCCGAUCAGCGAGGAAAUCCGAAGUGAUAUUGUUGCUAAGAUUUGUGGGGAGGACGGCCAAGUGGAUCCCAAUUGCUUUGUUACAGCACAGUCCAUUGUGUUCAGCUUCAUGGAACAAGAGUAUGUUUUCUUUAAUUACCUUUUGUUUUUAAUUGUGCAUAACAUAAAGCCAGUGUAACUCAUUGCUGUGGGUUGUUUGGCUUAUUUGUUAAUCAUUUUAAUGCUCUGAAAGGGGACAUAUAACAUAACAUAUAAUUUAAUAUACAAAUUCUAAGAGUCCACAGUAAAUUAAGUUUUUCCUGACCUGAAUGCAGAGUGAGCUCUACUUGCACAUUUAUGUCGGCCCAUAGGCCAUUUGAUCGAAUCACAUCAUGUUUUGGUGUUGAGAGUAAACCCCAUACACUCCCCAUUUGUGGUUGUAUAACAGAUUAUUUUUCUUCUGAUAGAAUUACAUUUUUUAAAUGCUUAUUUGGACCCCCAACCAACAACCAGAUCAUAUCAGCAGUCCAGAUUCUGUAUGGCCAGUGUAAGGUGUAUUACAGGAUUAAAACAUUUGUGCUCAGUAACAAGACAUCCCCUUCAUUAUCAGUGUCCUGUGACAACAUGCAGUUUUCUACCCACCCUAUUUAUAUAAUCAAUAGGUUUGUUCCCCGGGCCAGUGCUCCUGUUAGGAAAAAACUGCAGUGGCCCAGGAAAAUUUUGAAUUGUGGCAUCACAGCACCAUCUUAGCUUUCCCAGUAAUUGCUCUUUUAUAGUCACACGUGCAAAUCUUUUCUUUUCUAACAAGAGCAUCGUCCCUGGAAAGAAACUUUCCACGUUUUCAGUGUGCAGAAUCUUCUUCCCAUGUUUCAGUGACUGGCAAGACAUUUUAAGCCUAAUUAGUUAUUGGAGUAUCAGGUAUAUCUAUGA